AUGCUCACCUUCUCUGGGGAGGAGAUGGACACGGUUUUGGCUAGCAUGAAGACGGAUACCGCCCCGGGGCCGGACGGGUUCCCGGUGUUCUUCUUCAAAGAGUUCUGGCAACUGGCUAAACCGCUUAUUUUGGCGAUCGCCAACGGUUUUGCUCUGGGGAGGGUUGACAUUGCCAGGCUCAAUAUGGGGGUCUUAUCCCUCAUUCCCAAGGUUCCUGUGGCGAACGAUAUUAGGCAGUUCAGGCCGAUAGCGCUUAUCAACGUUAUUUUCAAGUUUGUGGCCAAAGCGUACGCGAUUAGGUUAUCUCCAAUUGCGCAUAGGACGAUUAGCCUGACCCAAUCGGCAUUUAUUCGGGGUCAUCAUAUCCAUGAAGGGAUCCUGGCUCUGCAGGAGAUCAUUCAUGAGACCAAGUCCAAGAAACUUCAGGGAGUUUUCUUAAAACUGGACUUUGAGAAGGCUUACGAUAGGGUGAACUGGGCCUUCUUGCGGGAGGUUCUUCUCCGCAAAGGCUUUGAGCCCGGUGGGUUCACGGAGCGAUUGGUCCUGGUCUCGGGGGCCGGGACAGCGAUCGGUGUCAACGGGGAAGUAGGGAACUUCUUCCGUAAUGGGCGCGGGGAUGCGGAUGACACCAUCAUCAUGCUUCAGCCAGAUGAUCUGGCCAUCGCCAACCUCAAAUACAUACUUCUCUGCUUCGAGAAUAUGUCGGGCCUCAGGAUUAACUUCCACAAGAGUGAGGUGAUGGUUUUAGGCGGGGAUGAGACCGAGGGGACCAGGAUUGCCAAUAUGCUUAACUGCAAAAGAGGCACCUUCCCUUUUACUUACCUAGGUUUACCGGUGAGUGACCGUGCCCUUCUAGCCUCGGAUUGGGGUCCGUUGACUAACAAAGUGGCCAAGCGCGCAGAUCCCUGGAUGGGAAAGCUGAUGUCCUCGGCGGCAAGGCUGACGCUUAUCAAUGCUUGCCUAUCUAGCUUGCCACUGCACGCGAUGGCGGUUUGCCUCUUGGGGGAGGGAGUUCAUGGCCUGUUUGACAAGGCCAGGUCCCGUUUCUACUGGGAAGCGAACGGGGCUAAACGUAUUGUGGACACGAGACUUAUGAACAUUUGCCUCAUGGCCAAAUGGAUUUGGAGGUCGUACGCCGGGGAGCAAGGCCUCUGGGCGAAGAUCCUUAGGGCUAAGUAUCUAGGGGAGAGGGACCUCCUUGCAGAUAAGCACCGGCCUGGAUCUCAAUUUUGGAACGCUAUCCAAAAGAUCAAACAUGUCUUCGGCAUGGGGGCCCGGCAUGCUAUCCACAAUGGUCGCGCUACUAGAUUCUGGGUGGACUGGUGGCAUGAGAAGGGCCCCCUCAAGGACCUGUUCCCGGGUCUCUUUGCCAUUGCGUCGGAACCCCUUGCCACGGUGGCCACGCUCUUCCGGGUAACCGAGCGCAGGCUCACGUUCCGCCGUGAGCUGGGCUUUGGGGAGCGAGUGGAGCUGGCCAACGUCGCUCGGCUGGUGGAGACCAUCCACCUGUCGGAUCCACAGGACCGGAUUUCGUGGUCCUUGGAGCCAAAUGGGAAGUUCUCCGUGCGAUCGCUGCUUGGAAGCUUCUGGCUAGAAGAGGAGACCGUCAAGCGGUGGAGCUGGGCGAGCGGCUGGCGCUGCUGGGCCGUGGGCGGGGGGGCCAAGCGGGCAGCCGGCGGGGCGGCCUGCGAGGCCAAGCGGGCGGCCGACGGUCGUGGGCGGCGGGGCGGGCGACCGGCCGGCCGGCAGCGGGUGGCGCGCGGGGAUGGCUCUAGCAAAGAUUGA